CUUCCUAUAAAAGCCUGUUGACAAACUCAAGUUGCUUCUAAAUUCCUCAAACCAAACACAGAUAUUUUUUCCUUCACUUUCUUCCUCUCCAAACUUGCUUUUCCUUACUCCUCCCCUCCAAUUUCUUCUGCACAUUCUAGAACCAUCAACUUGCAAACUUGCAUAUUCUCCCCAAUUCAACAAGUCUCCCUCUUCAAAUCUCAAGUUUGGCGACUUACGAUGCGGUAUAAGAUAUUCUUACCUUUUAGUGAUUCCAGUUGAAUUUCAACCAGGAAUCAGCUCAUCUAAAUCGAAUCAAUAUCUCAAUUUCUACUUUGUAAUAUUUUUAUUUUCUUAGGCCAUAUUGUCACUUUUUAGGUUUUUAAAAUUCUUGCUAUAAAUUCGGACGCUAUCUUAGCAACGGGUGCUAGCCAGUCUUAGCCUUUGUAGUCACUUAUAUAUUUUCUAAAAUCAAAAGCAUGUCGAGCAAUAUGAGCAGGAAAGCAAAGGAGAUGACGGAUGGAAUGGAGAAUAUGUCGAAGAUGAGAUGGGAUGGACACAAAGUAAAAGAACAUAAUCAGCAGUGGACGCAAGUUUUUGAUGAAGCUUCCACUGCUGCAGGACGGCCUUGGAAGAAAGUCAGAAGCCCUGAACGACAGCAGUUGUCUGGUAUUUCCGGGCAUUCUUUGUCACAAUCGAUGUCGCAACCUCACAACCCUUUUCCUUACACAAAUACAGCCUCAAAGAUUGCAUUUCCAUUUACUUUUGAAGGAUCAUCCAAUAAUGGUAGCCAGCCUCAGUACUCUGUUUUAAACCCUGAAAUAAUACCCCAAUAUGGACAACAACAUCAGCAGCAGCAGCAGCAGCAGCAGCAGCAGAUGAUCUCGUUCAACCAAGGGAUUGGUAAUCAAUAUCAGUACAUUCCCAUGGCGACAAAUCAACAGCUGCAGCAGCUUCAAUAUUGCAGCGACGCGUUGAAUCUGAGCCCGAGGGGGAAGAUGAUGAUGAUGAAUAGAUUUGCCGCCCAAGGAUUUGGGCGGCAAAUACCUCAAGGCGGAGGCCCAGUGCCGCCUAUCUCAACCACCAAACUUUAUCGUGGGGUGAGACAGCGACACUGGGGGAAAUGGGUGGCGGAAAUCCGCCUCCCUAAAAAUCGAACCCGUCUAUGGCUUGGCACAUUUGACACUGCAGAGGAUGCUGCCUUAGCCUAUGACAGGGAGGCUUAUAAGUUGAGAGGGGAGAACGCAAGGCUCAACUUCCCUGAGCUCUUUCUAAACAAGGACCGAGUUGAGGAAACUACACUUUCAUCAUCUACUCAGCCUCAAGAAAUGCAAAUUCCACCACCACCCCCACCACCUCCUAUAAUAGAGGUAGAUCCCGAGGAUUCCUCCGGGGAUGGCUCGAGUGAUGUUACGUUUAUUAGCGAGCCAGGACACCCAACUGGCAAAGGGGGUUCCGAUAACUCAGAAUUUGCUUGGAAGGAAAUGAGUGAGGCAUGGUUUAAUGCCAUUCCAGCCUGGGGACCGGGAAGUCCUUUCUGGGAUGAUCUGGAUACAAAUAAUCUUUUUAUGCAACAAAAUAUUUCUAUUACCCCCAAUUUUAGUCAACAGGAUGAUCAAGAAGCGAAAUUCAAUUUCCGGCAGCCCGAAGAAAUUGUUGGUUCAUCUUCCUAUUCCUCUACUUCUUGUCCUAUGAGGCCUUUUUUCUCCAAGGACCAAGAUUAGUUUCUCAAUUCCUCCGUUAUUUGUUAUACCAUUUUUCUUCUUUUUCGUUGAUUUUAUUGCCCACCUUCACUCUCUUAACUCCUUUCCCUCUACCUCUCCCUCACUUUGCUGGCUUCAGAAUUUUUGAUGUAGCCAGUGAUUUUCAUCCAUCUGCUGCAUGUAGGCUGCUUAUUUUAAGCCAUCUGCAGAAUUGUUACUAGUACUUCAUGGGUCCAAAAUUUACUGUCACAUCGAUAAUGUAGUCCAGACGAGUUAUGAGACAACUAAAUCUCGACAGAAGUAUAAUUUGCGAGUAGAUGUUAAUUUGAAGAUGUUGUAACGGAGACGUAGUUGAUAGGCGUAGUUAGUAUAUUGGGCCUUAGCAGAGGGAGGUGUUUUGUUGCUUUCUUUGUAUUAGUUGGUCCCUCCAUCACGAGCUAUGCAUUUUUGAGGAGCUGGAGAUGGAAGUCGUAACUUCUAAAAUGUUCUUCUUUUUUUUUUUUCCAUUUCUUUAAUGUGGUAUAUUUGUUUGGUCAUGAUGAUUAAUAGCAUUGUUAAGCGUAUCGUUUUCAGACUUACAUAUGAAUGUUUGGUGGUUGAUGUUGUAUGUUCCUACUAUUGACAUUUCUUAUGUUCUAUAUUUUGUAAUAUAUAUCUGUAGUAAAGAAACAUAUCAUGUAGCUUCAUUUAGCUUAAUAUUAUAAUAAUGUUGUAGAUAUUUUGUCCUAAA